UGACUUCUGUUCCAUCACCAUGUCCGGUCGCGGCAAAGGCGGGAAGGGCCUGGGCAAGGGCGGCGCCAAGCGCCACCGCAAGGUGCUGCGCGACAACAUCCAGGGCAUCACCAAGCCCGCCAUCCGGCGCCUGGCGCGGCGCGGCGGCGUCAAGCGCAUCUCCGGGCUCAUCUACGAGGAGACGCGCGGGGUGCUCAAGGUCUUCCUGGAGAACGUGAUCCGCGACGCCGUCACCUACACGGAGCACGCCAAGCGCAAGACGGUCACGGCCAUGGACGUGGUCUACGCGCUCAAGCGCCAGGGCCGCACCCUCUACGGCUUCGGCGGCUGAGCCCGUCCCCCCGCCCCGGCUCCCCCCAAA